AGUUUAUCACUGCCGAACAACAACAACAAAAAUGGCAGCGUCCAUGUCGGUUGCUAUCGCCGCUGCCAACGGAGAUUUACGGGCUGUAGAGAACUUAAUUAGUCAAGGAGCAAAAGUGAAUGAAAGGUCCAGAGAUGGUAUGACUCCACUUGGUAUUGCUGCAUUCUGGGGGUAUGCUGAUAUUGUAGAACUCCUGCUUCAUCAUGGUGCAGAUAUUAAUUUAGCAAAUAAAGGGACACUUUGGACACCAUUACAUUCAGCAUCCUUUCAAGGCCAUGGAAAAGUGAUCAUGAAGUUGAUGGAACAUAACCCAGAUCUAACGUUAAAGGACAAUCAAGGAAGAACAGCUACAGAUUUUGCCUCUGCUAUGGAUGCUAUAUGGCCAUUCUUUGCUGCUGCAGGAUGUAGAAGAACCACUAAGUCACAGUUAAUUGACAUGGAUAUAGUCAAAAAGGUUACAGCUCCUGAUCCUACCAUACCAAAAUCAGAAUAUGCUCAUUUCUCCAGACCAGGCUCAGCAUACGUAAUGAAACCACAGCAGAUGAAUUAUUCAGAUUCUAGAAUGGCGUUGGCCUCCCAGACAGGUGAUGUACUAGCUGGUAUAUCAGAAGAGAAUGAACCACAACAGUAUAUGCCAAUGUUUAACAGUGUCUGGAAUAACUGAUGACUUGUUGGACCAGUGAUCUCGUGCAAUCUCCCAUACAUUCCAUCAUUACACGUGGUAGUUGUUGCUGUUCUAAACAGUGUUAAGGAUUAGUAUGUUUAAGUGUUACAUUAGAAACAGGAUUUACAUUCCAAAACAGCAUUAAUCUCAGGUUGUAUUAUGGCCUUUUGGCUGCAUCUAGGUCUACUGACAAAUUUAUUGUUGCAGUUGCCUAAAACUUCUACAGUUUCUUAAUCAGUCCAAUGUAAGUAGCUUGCUUUUAAAAAAGUUAGAAAUGACUAGAUCAAGACAAGAUAGAAAGGAACUUGUUUUCCGUGAAAAAAGUUAAAACUUUCACUACUUCAGACAGAAGAGGACACUUUACAUGAAAUAGAUUGAAUUAAUUAAGCAAUAGUGAGUCAGUGAAUGUAAAGUUAGGUCUAGGUCAUGUUAUUGAAUGUACAAUAAAAUUAAUGUUAGUCCUUAGAAAACAUGUAAAUGUUUAUUUGAUAUACAUGUUGAUUAUUCAUUAUCCACAUCAGUUGUUAUUAAUAUUUCUUUUUUGAAUAUUUUUAUUAUAUUUAUUUUAUAUCAAUAUCUAAUUGAUUUUUGCUGUUUGUUUUUUUUACCUUAGAACUAAUUUUGGAUUAAACUAAACAAUGUAUAAAUUUGAAAACCUGCCAAAAGCUGAACUGAAUUAUGCUAUGUAAAGAUGUUGGCUUUUGAUGGGAACAGAACAACUGUUGGGUAGCAUGAAUGUUUGUAGAUGUUCAGAAGUCUUGAAGUGUACACUUUUCCAUGUUAAAGCAGCAUUCCUUGAGAUAUCCAUUAAAAUCAUUAUUAUUUAAGUUUACUGUAGUUUUUAAGAACUGUUGAGUGUCUUCUUUUUCCUUCUCAUCACGAUUGUUAGAUCUGUAACUUAGUAAACAGCUGUUCCACACAUUUCACAGACAAACAAAGUAUUUUUCAAAAAAGACAUUGCCUAGAUGUACAUAUAUAUAUCCUUCCUAAGGCAGCCACAGAGGACACCAAAUUAACUCUUUGUGAAUAGACAGCUGGUCCAGCACCAAACUGUUAGCAAAGCCAACUAUCCUGGGAAGACCAAGCACUGGCCACUUUGUAAGGAUGAAUGACACUCAAAGAGCAUCUCAGAAAUUCCAUUGCUUGGGGUGGGAUUUGAACCUCAGGCCUCUUGAUAAAUAGUCAGGUGUGUUACCACUAGACCACUGCACCUAUACUGGCUGAAUCACAUUUUAAAUUUUUUAUUAUACACAAUGAUUAGCUUGUAAAAAUGCUUCAUCUUUUUAAAUAAAAAUUACAUCAGUCUUGAGGCAAGCUGCUUUGACAAAUAUGUAUCGUCAUAAUUGUGAGAAUUCAUGUCUAGUCAUAGACAAGUUGGUUGUAGUUUAGAGAUUAUUUUUACAUCUGAGUAAAAUGCAAGAUGUUUUUAUAAUCAUACUGAUGUAUUUUGUGCCCCAAGGUGUCAUAGACCUGAGAGGUACAUAGUGUUUGAACUGUUUGUCACACUUUCUUGUGUACUCGACAUACUUACAGUUUCUGCUUCUUCGUAUACCCCCAAAGGGAGCAUAUUUUGUUAUGACGCCGGUGUCUGUCUGUCCAUCAGUUAGCAAUUUCGUGUCUGCUCUUUAACUCUUGAACCCCUUGAAUGAUUUCGAAGAAAUUUGACACAAAUGUUCACCACAUUGAGACAACGAGCACAGCGCAUGUUUAAAAUGGCUUGCUUCAAGGUCAAGGUCACACUUAGGGUUCAAAGGUCAUAUUGCUUUGUUAAGUGUCCGCUAGGUAACUCUUGAACUGCUUGAAGGAUUUUAAAGAAACUUAGCACUAAUGUUCACCAAAUCGAGAUGAUGUGCAGAGCACAUGUUUCAGAUGGCUGGCUUCAAGGUCACGCUAAGGGUCAAAGAUCAUACCUUCAUGCAUAUAUUGCUCCGCAUUGCGGUGCUCUUGCUGAAACUUAUUUUUUUUGUCAAGCUGUUUCAGGGGUGUUAUGAUUUACAAUGUUGACGUCUUAUAUGAUGCUUGGAGUCACUUCCUGUAGAUUAUAAGAUUCUUUCACUGGUUGUAGGUGCAGAUGGUAAUAUCCGGCCCGAGGGUAACUGUUUAGGCGGUAACGAGGUUCCUACCGAGUUACUGCCUAAACAGUUUACCCUAGAGCCGGAUAUUUCCAUCUGCACCUAUAACAAGUGACAGCAAUCUGACUAAAGUACUUGAUCUUCUAAACGAAGAUCUGAGAACGACCCAUUCACAUACGUCUUCUGUAUAUUUUGGAUUUCCAGUAUUACUAUUUUUAUUUUAACCAAUCAGACGACUUGUUCGAAUACCAAAGAGUAAGAAAAAUAUGCAGUUAUUUCAGGGCUCGAACCCAGGACCCCUCGCUUACAAAGCAAGUAGUCUACCGACUGAGCUAACCGGCCAUCUGAGACAAUACGACAAAAGAAUUGUAAAUAUCAAAAGUCAAGGCUACAGGUAGAUUUACAAAAUGUUUUAAGCUAAGCUCUAAUUGGCUAGCGAAAGGGUCGUCAGAACGAGGCCAUGAAUAGGUCGUUCUCAGAUCCUAUGCGUAGCGUAAUAGGAUAUGUACUUUAGUCAGAUUGAAGUGACAGAAUCUUUUUCUUGCAUACCGAUUUCAGGAAAUAAUAAUGAAAAUAAAAUCAAUCAAACGGCUUUCUUUUUAGAACUAUUUCUUAUUGCAGUGUAUUUAAACAAAGCGCGGGAAACCAAUGUCUGUAAACAGGAAAGACGUCAUGACGUUUCAAAACAAAUAACAAUGUUUAGUUCCGGUUUUGUUUUAUCAGUUGCAGCGUAACAUUAUGAAUUUAUGAUAAAAUAACGUGUUUUGAAUCGAGAAAUAUACUAUCAGGAACAAAUAGGAACUGUCAAGGUAUUGAUUUUUUAUUCCGUUUUUAUACGCCCGUUUGAAAAACGGGACGUAUUAUGGGAACGCCCCUGGUGGGCGGGCGGGCGGCAUCCACAGACUUUGUCCGGAGCAUAUCUUCUACAUGCAUGAAGGGAUUUUGAUGAAACUUGGCACAGUUGUUCACCAUCAUGAGACGGAGUGUCAUGCGCAAAAACCAGGUCCCUAGGUCUAAGGUCAAGGUCACACUUAGAGGUCAAAGGUCAAAUUCAAGAAUGACUUUGUCCGGAGCAAAUCUUCUUCAUGCAUGGAGGGAUUUUGAUAAAAGUUGGCACGAUUGUUCAUCAUCAUGAGACGGAGUGUCAUGCACAUGAACCAGGUCCCUAGGUCUAAGGUCAAGGUCACACUUAGAGGUCAAAGGAUACAAGAAAGAAAACUUUGUCCGGAGCAUAUCUUCUUCAUGCAUGGAGGGAUUUUGAUAUAACUUGGCACAAAUGUUCACCACCACGAGGCGGAGUGUCAUGCGCAAGAACCAGGUCCCUAGGUCUAAGGUCAAGGUCACACUUAAAAGGUCAAAGGAUACAAGAAUAAAAACCUUGUCCGGAGCAUUUCUUCUUCAUGCAUAGAGGGAUUUUGAUAUAACUUUGCACAAAUGUUCACCACUAUGAGGCAGAGUGUCAUGCGCAAGAACCAGGUCCCUAGGUCAAAGGUCAAGGUCACACUUAGAGGCCAAAGGUCAGAUACAAGAAUGACUUUGUUCGAAGCAUUUCUUCUUCAUGCAUGAAGGGAUUUUGAUGUAACUUGGCACAAUUAUACACCAUCAUGAGACAAAGUGUUAUGCGCAGUUCCCUUCUUUAGAAUUACUUCCCUUUGUUGUUACUAUAAAUAGCUUAUAUUGUAACUUUUUCAUUACUAGUCGUAGGGAAAAAUCGAGACCACUUUUCUGUAGUACAACAUGCAUGCUACAUCCAAUUAUGAGGUGUAUUUUGACCAAUCUCUACCUGGUAAAGAUUUUUGUGUGGACUUACAAUUUUUUUUUUGGAUUUUUUUUUUUUUUUUUUUUUUUUUUUUUAAAGAUUAUCUUCCCUUAGUUGUUACUAUAAAUAACUUAUAUUGUAACUUUUUUAUAAUUGACCGUAGGGAAAAAACAAGACCACUUUUCUGUGGUACAACAUAGAUGUUACUUUCAAAUUUUAGGUGUAUUUUAAGGUAUCUCUACCUGGUAAGGAGUUUUUUUGUGGACUUAGAAAAACAAAUGACUUACAAUGAUUACUAAACAACCACAAAAUUAAAAUUCCAUUUGCAAAUACAGGUGCUAGAGUAAAGAAAUUUGCUGUGAUGGGGGUAUAUUGUGACAUUCUGGCACUCUUGUUUUAAAUAAAUUUAAAUUACUACAAAUCUUCUACAUACAUGUAGUUCGUAAUACGUCAUUUACAGCACGAGAGUCAUCUUACACCCCGGGGUGUAAGAUGGAUUUUUCCAGCACUGGUAAAAAUACCGGAAAUCCCCAUCUGGUGUGCAAGAAAUGUAUUGGUUGAGUAAUUGCUAUAUUUGUUGUUUUAGUCAUUUUAUUAGCUCAUCUGAUUUUUUGAAAAAAAAUGAUGAGUUAUUGUCAUCACUUGAGCGGUUGUCGGCGUCGGCGUUGCCUGGUUAAGUUUUAUGUUUAGGUCAGCUUUUCUCCUAAACUAUCAAAGCUAUUGCUUUGAAACUUGGAAUACUUGUUCACCAUCAUAAGCUGACCCUGUAUAGCAAGAAACAUAACUCCAUCUUGCUUUUUGCAAGAUUUAUGGCCCCUUUUGUACUUAGAAAAUAUCAGAUUUCUUGGUUAAGUUUUAUGUUUAGGUCAACUUUUCUCCUAAACUGUCAAAGCUAUUGCUUUGAAACUUGGAAUACUUGUUCACCAUUAUAAGCAGACCCUGUACCUCAAGAAACAUAACUCCAUCCUGCUUUUUGCAAGAUUUAUUGCCCCUUUUGGACUUAGAAAAUCAGUUUUCUUGGUUAAGUUUUAUGUUUAGGUCAGCUUUUAUCCUAAACUAUCAAAGCUAUUGCUUUAAAACUUGCAACACUUGUUCACCAUCAUAAGUUGACCCUGUACAGCAAGAAACAUAACUCCAUCCUGCUUUUUGCAAGAUUAAUGGCCCCUUUUGGACUUAGAAAAUAUCAGAUUUCUUGGUUAAGUUUUAUGUUUAGGUCAACCUUUUCUCUUAAACUAUCAAAGCUAUUGCUUUGAAACUUGCAACACUUGUUCACCAUCAUAAGCUGACCCUGUACAGCAAGCAACAUAACUCCAUCCUGCAUUUUGCAAUAAUUAUUGCCCCUUUUGGACUUAGAAAAUCAUUUUCUUGGUUGAGUAUUAUGUUUAAGUCAACUUUUCUCAUAAACUAUCAAAGCUUUUGCUUUAAAACUUGCAACCGUUUUUCACCAUCAUAAGUGGACACUGAACAUCAAGAAACAUAACUCUAUCCUGCUUUUUGCAAGAAUGAUGGCCCUUUUUAGACUUAGAAAAUCAUGGGUAGGACAAUAUUUCUAUUACACAAAAAAAAUCAGAUGAGCGUCAGCACCCGCAAGGCGGUGCUCUUGUUGUACAUGUGUUAUUUUUAUUAACCAGCUAUGAUAACAAUAUUAUCACAGUAAUUUCAAGUAAAAUAUUUACAAGUCUACAAUGCAACAGCAGAUGAGCAAAAUCCUUAAACCUCUGUGGUUUUACCAAACUCUGAUGACUCAAUCUUUAUGAAACUUGGUCAAAAUUUUUGUCUUGAUGAUAUCUAGAUCAAGUUCAAAACUUGGUUAUGUGGGUUGAAAAACUUGGUGGGUAGGCCAAAUCAAAGGAAAAUCCUGUUAACACUGUAGAGACCAAAAUUUAAGUUUGAAACUCAUGAGAAUUAAUCAGAAUGUUUGCCUUGGUGAUCUAAAGGUCAAGUUCAAAUCUGGAUCAUAUGGGAUCAAAAACUAGGUCACCUUGUCAAAUGAAAGGAAAAGCUUGUGAACACUAGAGGCCACAGUUGUGACCCAGUCUUUUUGUAACUUGGUCAUAAUGUUUGCCUUGAUGAUCUCUAGGGCAGAUUCAAAACUGGGUCAUGUGGGGUUCAAAAACUAGGUCAGUAGCCUAGAUCAGAGGAAACAUUAUAGAGUCCACGGCUUAAGUUUGAAACUUCUAAGAAGUAGUCAGAAUGUUUGUCUAAAUGACCUCAAGGUCAAGAUAGAAAUCUGGGUCAUGUAGGGUAAAAAACUAGGUCACCCGGUCAAAUCAAAGGAAAAACUUGGUUAACACGCUAGAGGCCACAGUUGUGACCCUAUCUUUAUGAAACAUGGUCAGGAUGUUUUUAUGAUCUCUAGGUCCAGUUUGUGGUAUCAAAAACUAGGCCACUGGGCCAGAUCAACUGUGAUGAGCGAUAUAGGGCCAUCAUGACCCUCUUUUUUAGUACCGUAUCUAGUUUACUUUGAAGAGCAUGUUGUUAACAACCAUUGGUAAAUGUCUGAAUGAAACGGUCGGUUUUGUUUCGAGACAUACAUGUACCUAUGUUAAGCAUUGUUGAAGCCUCCAUAAACUACACGAAAGCUGCAGGUCAGUACUGCCGCAUGCACACAACUACCGACAAGACUGGAUGGUGAUAGUGUCUUUUUUGGCAACAUUGAGUACAAUUUACAUUAUCGUGGGCAUAAUUUGUUCUUUGGGAUGUAUUUUGUGGUCGAGUUGAACCACGAAAUCCAUGCAAAUUUAUCUCCACGAAUGAUAAAUGAUCUCACAGUAUGUAGAUUUUGAUGAAAUAUCUCACAAUUCUAAAUUUACGUAUUGUCUUUGUUUAGAUGAAAUGAAAUGCAUUGUAUCAUAAGAUUUGCGCAUAACUAAAGAGAUCCAGUGAUGAUUUUAUGUCCAAAUAUUUUCAGGUGUCAAAUUGUAAAAACGGAAGAAAUGUCAGUUUUAGCAAUGGCGGACAUUUUACCAUUUUUUGUGGUUAGGUUUACGGUUCCCUAUGCCGAAUCCAAGUUGUAUUCUAUGUUUUAUGGAUAAAUGAUAUUACCAUAUGCCAUGAACUCCAGUUUUUCAAAGGUGCAGAGCUACCUUAAUGUACAAGUUUGGCUGUGAUCUGCAGGGGCAUGAUGUCACCUUUAGUCUUUAAUAGGAACAUUUAUAAUGACUGUGAUAUACGUAACCCUGGCUGAUACUUUGGAUAUUUUAGCUGUAUCUGUUAUUUAAAAGCAGUAUAUAAUUAUGUUGUUUAUCUACUAAAUUGGUGUUUGAAACUAUAGGCAUAAUCAGCCGUUAAUAAUUAAUAACCUAUUUAUACAUAUUGCUCAAUGAAUAAUGAUUAUUUGUGAUAGGUGUUUGAUGUGUUUUGUUUUUCUAUGUUGUACUUGUGUAUGGCUAGGAUGUGUUCAGAUGUUUUUAAUAUAUUCUACUGAUCUUGAAUAAAUUAUUACAAAAGA